AGCAAUGGUAAGCAAUGGUCAGCAAUGGUCAGCAAUGGUCAGCAAUGGUCAGCAAUGGUCAGCAAUGGUCAGCAAUGGAGUAUGGAGUCGAGUCUGAAGGAUGUGUGGGGAACGGUAGUGGGGGAACCAACCGUCGGUGACAUGUUACAUAUGUAUACGUUUACCCCUUCCGUCGCAAACAAAUCCCCCCACUCCUCUGAAACUUUAGCACAUCGCGCUUCGCUAUCGCACGGAAUCACGGACAAAUCAAACAUGGCGAUUCAGUCACUGUUUGCGGUGAAGGAGUACGGUUCGUGGAACGGGAGUGGAUGAAUAGUGGUGGCUCAGACAGUGUUUUUUAACGGUAAUGUUCACUUGUAUCACUGUAAACCGUCGGAUCUUACUCAACAUCACGAACAUGGACGAUAAAAAUGGGAAGACAUGUGAAAAGAUAUUUUCGGUCGGCGUCGACAAGGUAUAUGACGUGAAGGGCGUAAAAGCGGAGCCGACGCCUGCGGCUGCGGCGUCAUCGUUGCCAGCCUCGAAACAAGACUCGCACUCUACUGGCGAAAACAUCAACGAGACCUCGUACUUCAACGGGCGAAGUUGCGCGAAAUCGAUAAUAAACAAUAGAGGAAAAUUUGAGAGCGGAAGUGGUAGCGGAGAUCAGGAAGGAUGUCAUCACGAAGAUGGAAAAGAUAUUGCAGCUAAAAAGAGAAAGACGCGUCGAGGUAAACCUAAGCAUAGAAAAUUAAAGCCAUAUUCUAAACAGCAACUAUAUUAUCAGCAACAGCGACGAUAUAGAUCCAGAGGUCGAUUAGAAAAAACUGGUAGACAGCCGACAGCGCCGUAUAAUACUACCCAGUUUCUUAUGAACGAUCACAGCGAUCUUCCAGACCUUGAUCAAAAGCUUUCAGAAGCUGUUUCGACAGAUACGCCCACCACGUUUCAAAAACCAUCCGCGCCGCCACGCACGAGAGAUUCUAGUUUUAGCGUAGAUUCUGACGAAGAUUACUUUUACUCGUCUCCCGAGAACGAAGAAGAAUUCUUAACUAAGGAAUUUUCAACGGCGUACGAAGAUCUUCAUGCCGAAAGGUUGAGUACGUUGAGUAAAACAGAAUUGAUACAGGAAUACUUACAGUUAGAGGCCAAAGUAGAUUUACUGACAAAGCGAUUACGUGGCAAAAAUUUCCAUCAACCGGAGGAGAAAGACUUAGAAAUCCAAAGUAGUAGUACAGAUUCAGAAUCUACGAAGAAAUUAAAAAUUUGUCAGCAACGAAUUGACGAUUUGAUACAACAAAAUGAACAGUUGAAACGAGAAAAUGAAUCGUUGAGAGCUCGAAGACACGGUAGUCCAGUUUCGAGUGUCGAUAGCGAAAGCGAUAGUGACAGUACAAGUAAUGGAAAUAAAAGCAGAUGCGAUUGUCCCAUUUCCAGUUCCAGUUCUAGUUGUUCUUCUGUACACGCGGAACCUGGAUUUAGAUUAGAGAAAACCAAUUCGGCGGGUACUUUGUACGAAAGGUACAUAUUUAAAUGAUCAUAUUUAUGAUAUUUAUGAUAGUUACGAUUCCUCCCUGUAAAUUAUAAAAGAGAGCUGUUUUUAUAUUAAAAGUCUAUUCAAUGUUUCAAAAAUCAAUGUAAAAUCCAUGUUAAACAUGUCAUUUUUGUCCUGCUUAUUUGUUUUUUUAAUCCUACCAAUCUAACGAGACUGGUUUAAAGCGAUUCAGUUGUAUUUAAGCAACAAGCUGUUCCUCUUCCUGAAAUCACAAUUACACAAACUUAGACUAACAUUUAUCAUGCUCUUUACUUCCCAUAUAUCUUCUAAGACUGUUUUCUAUAAAAAGAACAUGUAAGAAAUCUAUACACACCCGAUCUUAUAGAAGGAUAAAAUUUUUGUCUAUGCGGGCAUAUUGUUACUUGCUUCGAUGAAAUUUGCAACAGUUGCACGUUUGUAGUAUACAUACAUACACACAACAUUACUUAAUCUUACUUCAUUUGGUACUAAUUACAAUGCAGUGGGAGACUACUUUCUCUUUUGUAUCCCAUUCUUUUUAAACUGCCAUUUAAUAGUAUAGAACUGUAUGAGUUUCGUGUUUUACAGACCAUCAGCUAAUGAAUCAUAAAAUAUUGAUAUAGGCGCAACGAAAGAUACAAUAUGAUAUUAAAAUUAUAUAAUUUAUGUUAUAAGGUAUUCAAUAUUAUUGUACAAUUGUAUAGAUUUAUAAUGUAAGAUUAGGUCUUAGUUUAUGGUCUGAAUGUACAAUGUAUUAAAGUAUUUCACAGUUUAAAUUUUUAAUAAAUUCCAAGUUUUUCUUUCUUU